UCCGCGCGCCCUCCCAACUUUACGUCACGUCAUCCUCCUGCCACGUGACGCUGCUGUCGGGUCAUAUGAUCGAUGAGUUCCGUCUUCCCCGUCCGCCGUUAACUUUCCUCCCAGGCGAGUAUGGCGGACUUUGAGGACCGGCAGAACCUGUUGGGGGACGAGGACGAUGACCGGCAGGGAGCCCGAGAACCCGGCAGACCCAUGCUCGCCAUUUGCGACCCCAGCCGCCUUCUGCACCGGGUGGUCGUCCUGUUUUUUAUGUGCUUCUUGGGAUUCGGAAGUUACUUCUGUUAUGACAAUCCAGCUGCUCUUCAAAGUCAAGUCAUCCAGGAUCUGAACCUGAACACUGAAACCUUCAUGCAGCUGUACGCCUGGUACUCCUGGCCGAAUGUCGUUCUCUGCUUCUUUGGAGGGUUUCUGCUCGACAGAGUUUUUGGGAUCAGGCUGGGAACCAUCAUCUUUUCCCUCUUUGUCUGUGUUGGACAGGUUAUUUUUGCAGCUGGAGCUCUGGCGAAUCGUUUCUGGCUGAUGGAAGCAGGACGUUUUGUAUUUGGGAUCGGAGGAGAGUCGUUGGCUGUGGCGCAAAACACAUAUGCAGUCAACUGGUUUAAAGGCAAAGAGCUCAACCUGGUGUUUGGUCUACAGCUCAGCAUGGCUCGCCUGGGCAGCACAGUGAACAUGAACAUCAUGGGCUGGGUGUAUAACAAAGUCGCGCUUGCCGUUGGUUCAACCGGGUACACGGCAUUAGGCGCGUCACUUAUGAUAGCUGCUGCAACCUGUGUGUUUUCUCUAAUCUGUGCCUUGGUGUUAGCAUUUCUUGAUAAGAGAGCGGAGAAGAUCCUUAAUAAGGAACAAGGGAAGACGGGCGAGGUGAUCAAGCUGACUGACGUAAAACACUUCCCCUCAACUCUGUGGCUCAUCUUCAUCAUUUGUGUGGGUUACUAUGUGGCCAUUUUCCCUUUUAUUGGACUGGGACAGGUUUUCUUCAUUGAGAAAUUCAACUUCUCUCCAGCCCAAGCCAGAGCUGUCAACAGUAUUGUUUACAUCAUCUCAGCACCCGCAUCUCCAGUUCUGGGCUUUAUUGUCGAUAAAACRGGCAGGAAUGUGGUUUGGGUAAUGAUCGCAGUGGUUGCAACGCUCGCCGCUCACAUUAUGCUAGCUUUCACCUUCUGGAACCCGUGGAUCGCUAUGUCCCUCCUGGGUGCCUCCUACUCCUUACUGGCCUGUGCGCUGUGGCCCAUGGUGGCCUUUGUGGUGCCUGAACAUCAGCUGGGCACAGCCUAUGGCUUCAUGCAGUCCAUCCAGAAUCUUGGACUUGCUGUCAUUGCCAUCACAGCGGGGGCCAUCCUAGACUCCAGAGGAUACCUGGUGUUGGAAGUGUUUUUUUGCGCCUGUAUAUGCAUUGCACUGAUGGCAGUAGUGAUGCUGUACUUCGUAGAUUAUAUCAAAGGUGGAGAUUUGAACCGGUCAGCUGCAGCCAGAGUCAAACUCCAGAAAGAGGCCACUACAGAUGCAGAAUGAUGAUGAUGWUGAUGAUGAGCGAACACACAUGGUCCUGGGCUUCAGAGCCAGCAGGCUGCACUGUCCACCCCAGAGCUUUCAGCCUACGGCCACAUGGGGCGGGACUGCGGUUCUGACUCCACCCAGUGAUGUCAUCUGUGGUUCUUCGCACCUGAAACUGACUGUCUGGGAUUGGCUGUGGCACAACACUGAAUAGAUCUAACUGGCAACCAUCUAUAUCAGGACACUGACAUAUAACAGUACCAAGUUUGGACAGUGUUUUAAAAAAUGUAUGUAAUAUGUAUUAACUUGAAUAGUGCCUGUUUAUCUUAACACCCAUUCAUUUGAUUACAGAUACAGAUUUUUUAUAUAUAAUUGGGAGACUUUUUGGGUCUUAGUUGUAUUUUGCAAACAAUUUUCAAGUGGACUUAACUUGUCAUGCUAAGUUUUACCUUUAUUUUUAACCAUAGAUAUAUGUAGCUCACUCUUUUGGUCAGGUAUUUUAUAUUUUCACAAUUUAAUUUAAUUUAUUUUUUUUCUCAAAGUUCAUAAAAAAUAUAAUUUUGUUAAUGAUAUAUUACUACAAUAUUACAACUAAAUCUGGAUAUAUCUUUUUAUGAAAACAUUUAACACUGUAAUGGUUUUAGCUUUUUUUUAUUGUGUCCAAAUAUCCGUAUAAUUUAUGUUUUGCAGAUUUGCUCAUUUUUCGAGCUCGGGUCAUGGCUUUGUUUUUAACACUUUCCAAAUUUACAUCAUUUGCAUUAAUGUGUUCCUGCACUCUGCUUUUACCUCUCAGCAUUCCAGUCAUUUGCUUGUAGUUUUGUAUUUUAGCUGUUGUCAGGGUCGUACGUGGUUAACAUGCACUACCUCAGCUGGGCCAAAAAAAAACAAAGUCGCAGUUGAAUUGUUCAGAAAACAUUUAACACGUGCAGAAAUGAUCAGUUGUUAAAGAGCUGAUUUUAAAGGUCAGAAAUGCAUUGGUCUUAAUUUUCUCUUCAUUUGGACAACUGUGUUGAAGCUGUGUGGUUUAUGUGUAACUGUCAGUGUUUGUCUUGAUUUCCUUUUUUUAUCAUCAACCUUUAAUAAUCUAUGUUUAAAAAUAUGUGAUUGAGAAAAAUUAUGGAGGGAAAACUCACUUAAAGAUUGCUUUUUGUAGAAGCAAAUCCACCUUGAUGCCAAGACUUUUGACAUUCAAUUAAACCUGAAUUGUUUUUAGUUU